UGCCCCUUUCAACCAUGAAGGCAGAGACAGCGUCCUCGGUACAAGAGACUCCAGCUGAGUCCAGCUGGAGCCUCAGUAACCUGCUGAGUAGCCGGAAGCUGAUGGCUGUGGGGAUCGUGCUCGGUUGGCUCAUGGUCAUCCACUUUCUGGUCAACGUGUGGCUUCUCUGCCUUCUGUCAGCCUUGCUAGCGGUGCUGGGAGGAUGGCUGGGCUCAGACGCCAUUGUGGGGGCUUCAGGCCGACUGCAUCUGGAGCGCUUCAUCCCCGUGGCCGCCUGUCCUCCAAACCCCGAGGCCGAGAGGCAGCUGGAGCGGGAGAUCGACCGCACCAUCCAGAUGAUUAUUCGGGACUUUGUGUCUUCCUGGUAUCGCUCAGUGAGCCAGGAGCCAGCCUUUGAGGCAGAAAUGGAGGCUGCCAUGAGAGGCCUGGUCCAGGAGCUCCGGAGGAGGAUGGGCAUGGUGGACAGUCAUGCCCUUGCCCAGAGGGUUCUGACUCUCUGCGGUUGUCACCUGCAGAGCUACAUUCAGGCAAAGGAGUCCACAGCUGAGAAGCAGAGUGGUCCAGUUGAGCCCUCCCAGCUCUGGGAGGCCUACUGCCGAGCUACUGCCCCACAUCCUGCUGUACAGAGCCCCAGCGCUGAGGUCACCUAUACGCGUGGCAUUGUAAAUUCGUUGCUGCAAGGACUCGUGCCAAAGCCCCACUUGGAGACCCGGACCGGGCGCCAUGUGGUGGUGGAACUCAUUACUUGUAAUGUAAUCUUACCACUAAUCAGCAAGCUGUCAGAUCCUGACUGGAUCCACCUUGUACUUGUGGGCAUCUUUUCCAAGGCCAGAAAUAAUCCGACGGAAGCGGUUAAACCAACCUCCCCAGCCAGUGCCCUGGAAAAGCCCUCAGUGCCCACAUCCCUGCCUCUGAUUGUUGAGGUACAGAGUCCGCCAGAGGUGAGAGCCCCUUCUCCAGCAGCAGCACCAGUGCUACUAAACUGUAGUGAGCCAGAGGGGCCUUCCCACCACUCCCCAGAAGUUGAAGAAGGCCAAGAAGCAAUAGAGGGAGAGUUGGGUGGAGUACCAGAAGAAAGAAAAGUAGGAAACAACGCGUCUCACUUCCUACAUCCAGAUAUUCGAGGCCCUUUGUUCUUAUGUGAAGACACAGAGCUGGAGUCUCCAUUGUCUGAACUGAGCAAAGAAACCAUCAUGCUCAUGACCCCAGGCCACUUCCUCUCUGACAGGAUCCAGAAUGCCCUGUGUGUACUGGAGGGUCCCCAGUCUCUGGAGUCUAAGGAUGUUGAGGGAUCUGAAGGAAUUGAAGGAGCAGAGGCCGAGGAGGGUCCAGGAACAGAAACAGAAACAGGCCUGCUGGUCUCCAUGCUGACUUCCUGCCCAGAGAUCCACAUUGACACAGCAGACAAGGAAGUAGAGCAAGGAGAUGUCACCUCUCUCACAUCUUUGCUGACAGAUCCAGAGAGGAACUGCCCCCCACGACCCUCAUGCUUAGAGAAGGAUCUCAGCAAUGGCAUGAGCUCCUUAGAUCCUAGUCUCCCACAGGUUCUACUUUCCUCCUCUCCAACCGGUCCUCUCAGCUCAGCCACCUUCAGCUUUGAGCCCCUGAGCAGUCCAGAUGGCCCAGUUGUUAUCCAGAACCUUCGUAUCACUGGUACCAUUACUGCUCGAGAGCACAGUGGCACUGGAUUCCACCCAUACACACUCUACACAGUGAAGUAUGAGACGGCCCUGGACGGUGAGAACAGCAGUGGCCUGCAGCAGCUGGCCUACCACACUGUGAAUCGCCGCUACCGCGAGUUCCUAAAUCUACAGACACGUCUGGAGGAGAAAUCAGAUCUACGGAAGUUCAUCAAAAAUGUAAAGGGUCCUAAAAAGCUCUUUCCAGAUCUUCCAUUUGGAAACAUGGAUAGUGACAGAGUAGAAGCCCGCAAGAGCCUCCUGGAAUCCUUCCUAAAGCAACUCUGUGCCAUUCCGGAGAUCGCUAACAGUGAGGAGAUGCAGGAGUUCCUUGCUCUGAACACAGAUGCUCGUAUUGCCUUUGUCAAGAAACCAUUCAUGGUGUCAAGAAUAGACAAGAUGGUGGUGAGUGCUAUCGUGGACACCUUGAAGACAGCAUUUCCUCGCUCUGAACCCCAGAGCCCCACAGAAGAGCUGAGUGAGGCCGAGACAGAAAGCAAGCCCCAGACAGAAGGCAAGAAGCCUAGCAAGUCCAGACUGAGAUUCUCAUCCAGUAAGAUUGCUCCAGCACUGAAUAUAACAGAAGCACCUGAGAAGAUUCUCUAUUGUCUCCAGGAAGGCAGUAUGGAGUCAGAGAUCCUAUCCAUGUCUGGGAUGGAGUCCUUUAUUGAAAAACAGACAAAGUUACUAGAAAUGCAUCCAGCAGAAGCCCCAGAACAAACCUCCAAAGGUUGUGUGGACAGUUACUUGUCAGAUGCAGCCGUGCCAGCCCAAGACCUCAGCACCAGUGAUCCAGGAACAGAGACAGAGCUAGCUGACACAGCCCUGGAUCUGCUCCUCUUGCUGCUAAUGGAGCAGUGGAGAUGGCUAUGUACAGAAAACAUGCAAAAAGUUCUUCAUCUUGUCUUUGGGACCCUGAUUCAGAGGUAAGA